UCCAGCACUGUGUGUAAGAAAGGGAAAGAGGGAGGCAUGUUUCAACAGAUGGCUCUUGGUGUCCCAGUUCAGCCAGCGCUAUUGCUUUACUACACUUAAACCUGUCCUGUCUAGAGAAAGGAAGAUAACAAAAGAGAAAAAGAGACAGAGGAGGAGGGAGCUCAGUUUAGCUUCGGAAACUGAAACUGCUUGGACAAGAACUUCUGCUUUUCAGUUUCCUGUAUCUGAAAACUUUUUUCUCCACCCUGUCUUCCAUUCACUGCUCUUAUGACAGGCGUCCUUUACAGAGUUUUGUUCAGUCUUAAGUGGGAGUGCAUCAAAGGAGAUAGAUAGUGGGAAAGAGAGAGAGAGAGAGAGAGAGAGAGAGAGAGAGAGAGAGAGAGAGAGAGAGAGAGCGAGCAAGAGAGAGAGAGAGAGAGAAUACAGGAGAGAAGUGUAGCGUGACUGGGAUGUUGCUCCCUCAGCUUUGGGGGUUCCUCUGCAAGACAUAAGGGACAAAAACCACCACCUGCUCCCUCUCCAGCAGUUUCCAUUGGACCUGCAGUCUGGUGUGUGAGGCCCAGAGUUUCGGCAUCCGCCUUACAAAGGAAUUCCCAUCAGCCGUUAAGGGGCUGAACCGAGGCUUGACAGUUUAGCAGAACUGCAUAAAGUGCCACGAAGCUGCACAUGGGCUGCAGACAGACUGCUGUCCUUCAUCAUCAGGCACUUUGAACUGAGGCAGCAGAUAGUCUGAACAGGAGACCAGGCGUGGUACCAAAGGCUAGAGGUCAGAGGUCAUGGCCAUGGCGACCGGCCAGUUGGUGGUGCUGCUGGCCAUGGUGGCAGUGGCCCAUGCUUCUGUCUUUCUCUCUGGACAGAGACUGAAGCCUCGAUUCCAACGAGACCGUCGUAACAUCCGUCCCAACAUCAUCCUCAUCCUCACUGAUGACCAGGACAUUGAGCUGGGAUCCAUGCAGGUGAUGAAUAAGACACGGCGGAUCAUGGAGCAGGGUGGCACACACUUUUCCAAUGCUUUUGUGACAACGCCCAUGUGUUGUCCAUCGCGCUCAUCCCUCCUGACUGGCAAAUAUGCACACAACCACAACACCUACACCAACAACGAGAACUGCUCGUCCCCCAGCUGGCAGGCACACCAUGAGCCGCGUACCUUUGGAGUCUAUCUCAACAACACAGGCUACAGAACAGCAUUUUUUGGGAAAUAUCUGAACGAGUAUAAUGGCAGCUACAUUCCCCCUGGUUGGAAAGAGUGGGUGGGUAUGGUGAAGAACUCCCGCUUCUACAACUACACCAUCUGCAGGAACGGAGUCCGUGAGAAACAUGGCUUCGACUACUCGCAGGACUAUCUGACAGACCUAAUAACCAACGACAGCAUCAGUUACUUUCGUAUGUCCAAGAAAAUCUAUCCUCACAGGCCAGUCAUGAUGGUGAUCAGUCACGCCGCCCCCCACGGGCCAGAGGAUGCUGCACCGCAGUUCUCCACCGCCUUCCCAAAUGCAUCCCAACACAUUACUCCAAGUUAUAACUAUGCUCCAAACCCGGACAAGCACUGGAUCAUGCGCUACACUGGGCCGAUGAAACCCAUCCAUAUGGAGUUCACCAACAUGCUGCAGAGGAAGAGGCUGCAGACACUGCUGUCUGUGGAUGACAGCGUAGAGAAGAUUUACAAUAUGCUUGUGGACACUGGCGAGUUGGACAACACAUAUAUUAUCUACACCUCUGAUCACGGCUACCACAUCGGGCAGUUUGGAUUGGUCAAGGGCAAAUCCAUGCCUUAUGAGUUUGACAUACGAGUUCCUUUCUAUGUACGAGGCCCCAGUGUGGCAGGAGGAACCAUCAACCCCCACAUUGUGCUGAACAUCGACUUGGCCCCCACCAUUCUGGACAUUGCCGGGCUCGAUAUUCCUCCAGACAUGGAUGGCAAGUCCAUCCUCAAACUGCUCGAUACUGACAGACAUAUGAACAGGUUCCAGGUCAACAAGAAGGGGAAAGUAUGGAGGGACUCCUUCCUGGUGGAGAGAGGUAAACUACUUCAUAAAGUAGUGCAUGAUGGGAAGGACGUGGCACAAGAAGAGAACUACCUUCCCAAGUACCAGCGAGUCAAAGACCUGUGUCAGCGUGCUGAGUACCAGACACCCUGCGAACAGAUUGGACAGAAGUGGCAGUGUGUGGAGGACUCCACUGGGAAGCUGAGGCUAUAUAAGUGCAAAGGCAUGGCCAGUCUUUCUGCAGUGAGGAAACCCGUGUCCAGCGUGAAGCCCCAGUUUUACCAACGCCCUAUUAGCACCAGUGCUAAACCUAACACAGAGCCUGAUGACUGCGACUGUGACUUCAGCAGCUACAGACUAAGCACACUGAAGAAAAAGACCCUGCUGUCCAAAAAAAAACUGAAGACACUGAAAAGCUACUCCAGGAACCGCUAUGCUCGCUCACUCUCUUUGGAAAUAGAUGGAGAUCUAUAUGUAGUGGAUCUGGAUGGUGAAUACAAACUAGUCAACAGCAGGAACCUGAGCCACAGCCACCAGGAAGAGGAGGUGUUCAGCGGGAUGGGUCCAACUGCCGAGCCACAAACCAGCAACAGCCUGACAUUGCCCUCAUCUAUUAAAGUCACACACAGGUGUUCCAUCCUGGCCAACGAUACAGUGAAGUGCGACGUAGGAUUGUACAAAUCACUGCAGGCAUGGAAAGAUCAUAAACUCCACAUCGAUCAUGAGAUCGAGACACUACAGACGAAGAUUAAGAACCUGAGAGAGGUCAGAGGGCACCUGAAGAGGGUGAGGCCUGGGGACUGUGACUGCAGCAAGUACAUCUACAAGUCCAAGUUCAAGAGUAAGCUGAGAAAAUAUAAAUCAGACAGCAUGCAUCCGUUCAGGAAAACACAGGAAAAGGAUAAGAAAGCAUGGUUGAUGAUGGAGCAGAAGCGCAGGAAGAAGCUUAGGAAGAUUUUGAAGCGCCUGCGUAACAAUGACACAUGCAGCAUGCCAGGCCUCACCUGCUUCACACAUGAUAACCAGCACUGGCAGACUGCCCCCUUCUGGACCUUGGGACCUUUCUGCGCCUGCACCAGUGCCAACAACAACACAUACUGGUGCAUGAGGACCAUCAAUGAGACGCACAACUUCCUGUUCUGCGAGUUUGCUACAGGCUUCCUGGAAUACUUUGACCUUAACACAGAUCCAUACCAGUUAAUCAAUGCAGUAAACACACUGGAUCGACACGUUCUGAACCAAAUGCACGUUCAGCUCAUGGAGCUGAGAGGCUGCAAGGGCCACAAACAGUGUAACCCCCGCAUACGCAAUAUGGACUUGGAGGGCAGAUUUGGGAAGGAUGGGAAGGAUAAAACCCAGGCAGAUAAGAACCAAUUUCAACCCUUGUACACACUCGAUGAGCACGCCUACGAUCUCGACCUCAACUUCACCUUGAGCCUGGAGGACUGGGCCCACUUCACCCGCUCCGUGGACCACACGUACACGUUCCUUAGCAACCAUAACAGGCCUUGCCCACAUGACCUGGCAGGAGGGGCCAGAGGAAGAGACUGUGCCCUUGUGUCCUCUGCGAGUGGAUCGGCUUCAGUCGUCUACCUUACCACUCUGGCCACUCCUGCUUUGUUGCUGAGGGAGGCGGGGACACAACUUCUGAGAGAAGCUUUGGGAUUGAGGGCGAAGCCACCCCCCUCUUCCUCAGCCCCUCCCACGUCAUCUUUUCCUCCUUCCACACGUUUGCACUCCUCAGGUCCACAUGAGGACAGGGACACUUCAGAGGAAAUAGUGAAUAAGCAUAUGUGGAGUGGACGAACAGAAGAGGAGAAGAGAGAAGGGGAGGAGGAAGAGGAGGAGGAGGAAGAGGACAGUGAUGACGAUGACAAGGGAGAGGUUUUAACUAAGAAACGGACAGGUCGACGGAGGCUCAGCACCGCCCACUGUGACUGCAGCUAUUUCCAGGUCUCCGUCUAACUUUCCGUAUGGGCCUACUGUCGUUACCUCGUUCCUCAGAGAAGACGCUUAACCUUCAAAGGAAGCGUACAGAAGUUUACCUCCAGCCUACAACCAACCUCUUUCUCUCCUACCUCUUGUUCUCUCAUUCUGCCUCUUCGGUCCACAUCAGUCUUCCGCAUCAGCCACAGCCUCCAGGCUCUGUUUCUUUUCAGUCCGUCUGUCCCUCCUUUAAGUCUGUCCAUCAUGCCACAUGACUAAUAUUCCAGAGAUCGUCUAGGCUUCAAAGAGAGCACAUUUCUUCAUUGAACAUUUAGUAGGUGAGGUUGUGGGAGUGAUGAGAAAGUUAAGGUCCUUUCACACUGAGCAUGAUUAAGCUACGCGCAUGGUUGAUGCGAUGAAGCUCUUGAAUCGAAACAAUAGAUCCCUGUAGAGCUAUUCACACAAAGCUACACUUUUUUUUUCGUCCAGUGUGUCAAUUUUUUCCCUGCCGCUCCUUGACGAAACGGGCCCUCCAAUUAUAUUUGAGCUUUAGAUCACAUGCCUGGAGACGCUGCUGUUGCACAAAAGGGCGAGAUCGGAGGCGCUAUAGCAAAGAAAGCUGUUUUGAAAACCAGUAUAAACACUGAAGAAGGGUAUUCCGGAGUUGCGAGAUUUGUUCAGGUGGCCUCGGAUAAUUGCACAGGAUACAGGCUGCUUUUACUAUGGAAUCAGCACCUGUGAGAUUGACUUGUGAAUGCCGCUGAAAGAUGCCAAAACAGUUUUCUGAGUUUUCUUCUUAAUUAAAAAAAUAUAUAUUUAUCUUGCACAAAUAAACAGGUUUUGUCCCACUACUAUGUUAUUGCAUUAUAUUUCACUCAUUAUAUUUCAAUUAUUUCAUUCAUACUAAAACAGCUUGACGGUGCUUGUUCAAAAAAAAAAAAACCUUUCUGUGUCUCUUUUUGAGUAGAAUACACAUAAAAUAAGAAAAGUUAGUGUAACAAACUUCACAAUGGGAAAAGAGGAGGCGGGAACUGGCUGAACAUAAACAAAAAAGCUUAAUAAUCAACAAAACUCAGACAUAACGUAAAACACACGUAUCUCUCUCUCUCUCUCUCUCUCUCUCUCUCUCUCUCUCACUGAUUAGCCAAAUCAGUGCCAGGUGUGCAUCCUCACAACCUGACUUCUCCCUCCUCCUCUCAAAGUUAGUUUCUGUAUUUCUUAACAGUUUGUGUUGUGGUGCUAUUCGCCAACAUUUACCUGAUACUUCUUCUCAGUGGUUAAAGACGAUCGGCCGAUCAGCUGAAUAGUGGGUUGCGCCACCUAGUGUGCACGCGUAAAAUGUAUUAUCGGUCAGCGCCACCUAGUGUGCAGGCAUGAAUUAUCUGAAGGUGAUCAAUCAUUUCGCAUUCGGUAUGAAAGUACCGUUCGUCGGCGAUUCUCUUCGCUUUAUCGCGUCGUGCACAGUGUGAAAGGACCUUUACAAGUGAAAGAAAGUUGAUGUAUUUGGGACUGAGUUUUGUAUUGUGUAUAUGUGCAAGUGUUUUCUUUUGAGUUCUGUAAGUGCUGAUGGCUGUGUACAUCUCCCCUGCACAGCAUCAGACCAUGUGGCACAUUCCCCGCUCUCUUUCCAUAACUGCCUCAAUGUCCAACAUCUUUUAUCUGAUGUCCUGGCUGACUUCGAGGCCACACUAAUAAGAUGCUUGUUUAACCCUUAUGUUCUGUUCUGUUUGAGUCGAAACGACCCAUUUUAAAUUUUUACAAAAAAGUUAAACCGCACUAAAAAUGAUUUUUACAACACCGCACUGUGCUGGUCACGCACACACACACACACACAUACACACAAACACACUCGCAAAUAUUAUUUUGUGUUGAUAUGUGAUAUUCUCCAACCCCUCAACUUGAAAUAGUGUUUAUUUCCAUAACUACUGUUACUAAAGCUACAAAUUAUAAUGAAGAUAUAUCCAAAUCAAUUUGACAGUUUCUAUCAAAUCAUAAGAGAUUAGAAUGUUGGUGCGUCUGCAAAAAAAAGAAGAAAAAAAAAAAGAAAAAAAAAAGAGAGAGAGAUACAGGAAGUGGUGGAAAAGGGAGGAAAGACAUAGUGGAAAGAAUAUAAGAAGCAGACUAUAAUACCUUAUUGAUUAUAGCCAUUUAGCUAUAUUGGUAAUAAUUGACAUGGAGAUAUAUUUUAAAUGAUAUUGUAUUGCUAUAAAAAUCAGAACAUAUGGUGUGAGUCAGUAAGAUACUUAUUACUAAGAAAUGAACAGAACAGGAGGGUUAACACAUUAGCUGUAGCAUUUGUACAAAGAAGUAAGGAAAGAGUGCAGGUCUUCAUGAGCAGUUCACACACUGCUUUUAUUCCUGCUCUCAUCAUCUCAACAGAUUUUUUUUUUCUUUUAAUUUGCAAGAAAAAAAAAAUCUGUUAAACAAAAGUGUCUAAUUUGGACAGUAUAUUUAGGCAGGUGUAAAUUAAAGCACAUCAUGUAUUUUCACUCAACCUGAUAAUGUUUUUUCCCCCUUCUAUUUAAAGGCGCUCUUAUUUUUUAGGUUUGCCGACCCAAUGUGGGCCUGUCUAUGAGAAAAUGUGGUGUACACCUCUAAACGUCCCUUCACUCUUUCAUUAAAUUCUUACUACUAGUGCUUAGAGUCACAACAGUCUCAGGCAUGUGGUUUAUCAGAAAAAGAAAAAAGAAAAAAAAAAACCACAAGUUUUAAUUAAAUGAUAAAAAAAACCCAGGAAAUAUUGCUGAUGAGCCACUUGAGUAUAAACCUGCCUCUCCAUAAACUUGGUGCAACAAGAUGUAUUUCAGAUGUUGUACUAUGUCCCAUUAAUAAGAUGAAAAAAAAAAUCAUAUUAUUUACUGACACAAAUGUGCUUUUUUUAAAGACAUGAUGAUAAAAGUUUGAUGUGAUUAUCAUGUGUGAAUUUCCUUUUAACAGAAUUCUUCUUAGGUAUUUGUGCUAUACAUGGUGCUACUAAAGUCUGAGCAACUAUAUAAAAUGGCAGUAUGUAUUUGAAUGUACGUUUGCAAAUUAAUAUGCUGUAAAUGUUAAAGUAUAUUUUAUACGGCACACAACAGUCGAGGCCAUUGGGCAUUUGUUUUAUUAUUAUUUUAUUUUUAUUUUUUUUUGGCUUUGGAUCAUGUUCAUAUUUUAUUGAUCAGCACAUCUUAACAACACGUGGCUUUCUAUUCAGUCCCCCGGUCAUUUGUUGAAUCACUCAGUGCUCACUCAGAUAGAUUGUAACUCAGAGUGAAAUAGAUUCACUUAUUUGUAGGUUGUUGGUUUUAUAUGGAUAGUGUUUAUAUAGCUGUGUUUCCAUCCAAGCACUUUUCUGUUGAAUUGAAAUGUCUGAUCUCAAAAAAAGGUAGAAAUGUCAAACAAAAUGAUCAGAUUUGAUUCAAUCUGCUAGUAACAAAAAAACAAAAGAAAUGCAGUAAACCGCGGGCAAAGCUCAUUGACUAAAUAAAUAAUGUAAAUAUAAUAUACACUCACCAACCUUUUAGGAACCAUUAGGAACACUUAUUCAUGCUGUCAUCCAAUCAUCCAAUCAUCUGACAGCAGCACAGCGCAUGAAAUCAUGCAGAUACAGGAUAACAGACAGGCUGGUGUGAGUAUCUCAGAAACUGCUGAUCUAUGGAGUGGUGCCAACCACCACCCCCAGAAAAAAUAAAUAAAAAAAUUAAUAAAUCUGCAGUGAGCAGCAGUUCUGUGAUCAGAAACACCUUGUUGUUCAUCGAGGUCAUAGGCCAGACUGGUUCGAGCUGAAAGGAAGGCUAUAGUAACUCAAAUCACCACUUUUUACAACCAUGGUAAGCAGAAAAGCAUUUACAUAUUGUACUCAAACUAACCCAUCUGGCACCAAUAUUGUUUAAGGGAGAUUUUCUUUGACAUGUAAAUCUGCUUUCUUGAAUAAAUAAAAUAAAAAAUACAUGGAAGAUGUAUGUAUGUAUGUCACAGAUGGAUGGCCAUUUUCACCACCAGUACUUCUGUAAAAUUAACAAAUGAAUAGAUAAAUAAAUACAGAUGUGUGACAAAUUAAAGGAAAAAAAAUCACGAUAAAGUGUCUACGUAAGGUUUUGUGCCAGCAUGAGCAACAAAAAACAGCUUUAAUACACCUUGCCAUAGAUCCUACAAGUCCCUUAAACUGCCGCAGCUGGAUUAACACCAUCCUUCAAAAUCAUAUUCCCUCGGGUGUUGUUUUGUUGAUGGUAGUGGGGAGCUCUGUCAAACAUGUUAGUAUGAAAUCUCCCACAGGUAUUUAAUUAGGUUAAGAUGUGGUGAGUUUGAAAGCCAUAGCAUAUGAUUUAUAUCAUUUUUUUACUCAUCAAACCAUGCAGCGACCCCUCAUGCCCUGUAGACCACUAUCCUCAGGACAGAAAUGUUUCAUCAUACAAAAAGCUACAAUAAUUUCGUACUGAUUUGCCAUUACUCUUCCAUCUAAGGGCACAAGUUGAUCCAAACUAUGCGAGCAAAGUCUCUCCCACAGCAUAACCGAUCCAACAGGUUUCCUUAAAUUUGUCACCCGUCAUCUGUAUGUCCAUUUGUCUAAACUGAAACACCUAAUUUACACAGAUUUUGAAAGAAUUUCAUUUUAUUCAAUUCCUCACUUGGCUGGAAACAUGGCUAAUAUUCAUGAAAGUAUUGCAGAGGCUGAGUUUGAAUCCAUAUCUGACUUUAAGAUCCACUAUCUUGUUAACCCUAGCUUAUGCUUUGAUGCCUUGUUCACUUGAUCUGACAUUUAACUCAAAAAAAUCAUUUUAUACACCCAAACUCUUAUGACUGAACCAAAAGCCAGUUGGGUUUUUUUUGCACCAGAUUUUGUGUUGUUACUUCAGUAAAAAGCUCCCAGCUGUUCUAUGGAAUUCCCUCAGCACUUUUUAACGGGACUACUACUGUAGUGGGGAGAUGAUUUCGUAUGACAGAUGGUUUGAACAUAACAAUGCCUUGUACAGUUCUAUAGAUUAAUCAUAUCUCUAUUUUUGUUUCAUUUAACGUGUCGACAUUUAAUAGAGCUUGGUAGUUGUGAAUAAAGUGUUGAAUGCC